AUGUACAAUCAGCUGCAAGUCCAAAGCUCCAACGAGACGUGUCCCCCGGAACCCUCGGUGGACUAUGAAGAAACUGUUCGUACUGAGCGAGAUACACGAACCGGGAGGGCCAGAGUUGGCAAUCACCCGAUCCUUGCAAAGAACUACACCUGCUCUCGAGAGGAGACUGGUUCACUAGCGAGGGGGGAGAGCGUGGAGGCUUGUCACAGGGAGUGCCCUGAAGGACACGAGUACUUGGAACCUGAGAAGGGCACAUGCUGCGGACACUGCGUGCAGACACAGUACAAGCUGGCAGUCAGCGGACAAACUGCACUACAUUCUCUUUGCGAGAACAGCACGGGGCAGGUGGUGGUGACGUCAUCCCGGCAGCUCUGCCCCGACGUGAGCCACUGCGACCCUGAGGACCCUCGUCAACGACACCUGCUGCCAGAUAUGCAAGGAGAAGCCACAGGAUCUCAGCAAGUGUGUACCAAAGGCGGUACCGCAGUCAGAAUCCGUCGCGGGUUCGGUUUGAUACGAGUGUUCAUGGGUCGUCUCGGGAUGUGCGUCAACAGGGAGCCCUUGAAGGACUUCAAGGAGUGUCGCGGAUCAUGCGACUCUGGGACGCUAUAUAACAACCAGACCGGUAGUCACGACUCGUCGUGUGAGUGUUGUCAAGCGACCAGGUACGAGCCGGUCGGUUGUGUGUGGUGUCCCUACAGUGUGAGGACGGCUCCCUCCGCGACCACGAGUGGCCUCGCCCGCUCACUGCGCCUGCCCGCCGCUGCGCUGAACUACCAUCCUUCCAGCAGAGUACCACGAGUAGAUAUAUAUAAACUAUUCUGUUAUUACCAGUUUAUUAUUCAACCUCCCAAAAAAUUCUGUUAUUAUUUAGAAUACGUCCCAACUCCCGGCUAUAGUCACCGCGGCGACAUCGACUAUGAGAUACCAGCCAUAUACAAACAGGUUUCAGCGCACCCGCCCACGCCCUAG